ACUUGGGAAAAGUCUAAUUUUAAUCACCCAAAAAAAAAACAAAAAGCCCUUCAUUCUUCACAACGAACCUUCCAAAGAAAUUACCAAAAAGAAUUAAGUAGUUUUUAUGUUAAAAUAAGGAAAAGAAUGUUACUCCAAAAUUCAUUCUCACUUUCUUCUACCCACCUAACACAUAUAUAAGACUUAAGAGCAGUUCAUUUAACAAAGAUAUUGCCCCAGGUGCAUGCUUCUGAGUCAACUCUGCGCAGCCGGUGCUAAGUUUGGCCAUGGAUGUCGUUCAGAUAGCCUAUACAAAACACGAGAUUGCCCCGGCAGUACCCCCAUGGCUAAACAAAGGAGACAAUGCAUGGCAAAUAACAGCAUCGACUCUGGUAGGGAUUCAAAGCAUGCCUGCGCUUGUGAUCCUCUACGCGAGUAUUGUCAAGAAGAAAUGGGCAGUGAAUUCAGCCUUUAUGGCUCUUUAUGCCUUUGCUGCAGUCCUUAUUUGUUGGGUCCUUUUAUGCUACCGCAUGGCCUUUGGUGACGAACUCCUCCCUUUUUGGGGUAAGGGUGCACCGGCUUUAGGCCAAAAUUACCUUGUUGGCCGAGCCAAGGUCCCAGAGAGUACGCACAGGGUCACCGAUGGUGACUAUGAGACCACCGAACCUUUUUAUCCAAUGGCUUCGCUUGUAUAUUUUCAAUUCACUUUUGCUGCUAUUACUCUUAUUUUGCUCGCCGGUUCUGUUCUUGGCCGCAUGAAUAUUAAGGCCUGGAUGGCUUUUGUGCCUCUAUGGCUUAUAUUCUCCUAUACUGUUGGAGCUUUUAGUCUCUGGGGUGGAGGCUUUCUCUAUCACUGGGGUGUCAUCGAUUACUCUGGCGGAUACGUUAUUCACCUCUCCUCUGGGAUCGCCGGUCUCACAGCCGCAUACUGGGUUGGACCAAGGCUAAAGAGCGACAGAGAAAGGUUUCCACCAAACAAUGUUUUGCUUAUGCUUGCCGGUGCAGGGUUGUUGUGGAUGGGAUGGUCAGGGUUCAAUGGAGGAGCACCAUAUGCUGCAAAUAUUAACUCUUCAAUAGCAGUACUCAACACAAAUGUUUGUGCAGCAACAAGCCUUCUUGUCUGGACAUCUCUUGAUGUUGUGUUCUUUGGGAAGCCUUCCGUAAUUGGAGCUGUUCAGGGAAUGAUGACAGGGCUUGUUUGCAUCACUCCAGGAGCAGGCUUGGUGCAAUCAUGGGCUGCUAUAAUUAUGGGAAUGCUUUCUGGCAGUAUUCCAUGGGUAUCCAUGAUGAUCCUUCACAAGAAAUGCAGUUGGCUACAAAAGGUAGAUGAUACUCUUGGUGUAUUUCACACGCAUGCUGUGGCUGGCAUGUUGGGCGGCCUCCUCACUGGGCUAUUGGCAGAGCCAGACCUCUGCAGGCUCAUACUACCAAUCGACACAAGGGGUGCAUUUUAUGGUGGCAAUGGAGGAGUGCAAUUCUUGAAGCAAAUGGUAGCAGCCUUGUUUGUUAUUGCUUGGAAUGUAGCGUCCACAACAAUAAUUCUUCUAGUAAUAAGGCUGUACAUACCAUUAAGGAUGCCCGAUAACCAGCUUGAGAUUGGAGAUGAUGCCGUCCAUGGGGAAGAAGCUUAUGCUCUUUGGGGUGAUGGAGAAAAAUAUGACCCAAGAAAGCACGGUUGGCAUACGCCUCCAUACUCAGGGAUGACAGCGCCUUCACCUUAUGUGAAUGGUGCAAGAGGAGUAACCAUCAGUCUGUAGCUACAUGCAAACAUGAAUAAAAUAGAAAUAUUUGCUUUAAAUAUGAUUUUCUUGGUGUGAGAUUGCUUUAUCAGAAGUAGAGGUCCCAAGCUCCUGGCUUCUUGAAUUUUGAGAAUGGAGACCAUUGCCAGUGUGGUCUGCUAGUAUUAAAGUACCCUGCAAAGGGGAUUGUUUCUGUUUUGAUCUCAGCAUUAUUGUUCUUUAGUCGUGUGUUUA